AUGGGGCCGAGGGGCGCAGUCGCGGUGACCGUGGGGCUGUGGGUCUUGGCGACGGUGGCGGCGGACCACGGCGAGGCUAAGCCCGGGCGCUGCCUCCUCUCGCACUACCGUUCGCUGGACCCCAGGGCGCUGGAGGCCGUCAAGGCGCUGAGGGACCGCUACGAGGACGAGACGCUCAACUGGAGGCCGCGCAACUGCUCCUUCCGCCCAAGGAGGGAUCCUCCGAGCCCCUCGACCUGCGCGCGGCUCCGCCUGGUGGCGCGGGGCCUGGCGGACGCCCAGGAGGUGCUGAGCAGCUUGCCGAGCCCCGAGCUGUACCCCGGCGUCAUCUCGACCCUGGAACUGCUGGCGGCGGUGCGACGCGACGUGGCCGUCUGCCUGCAGCUGGCGCGGCCGGGCUCCUCGAGGAAGACCCUCCGGCCCCCCAGGAGGCGUCGCCAAAGGGGGAGGCCUGACUCGCCUCGGUGCCACGAAGCCACCGUCAUCUUCAACCUCCUGCGCCUGCUCGCGUGGGACCUGAGGCUGGUGGCGCACUCCGGACCUUGCCUCUGA